AUGGCAGAAGCAAAGAAACAGCCAAAAGAGGAAUGGAGGACGACGUCAGUGAGGACCCAAUCAAAUCUUCUGGAUGGCUUUGUGGGAUGGCAUCUCGAACGCUGCGGGCGAACGCAGGGAGCCGAAGAUUACAAUUCUCGACAACCCCCCAUGCAUGGGGAGUUGGCCAUAUCCGGCGAAGAAAUAUAA